UGCUGCUAGAGGCUCUACUAGAGGAGGCGCGUAAAAUGUAAACAAUCAGUGUGUCUACAUAUGAGUUUCUUUUGAUUUGGAUCUAUCAACUUUCAGUUAUUUUGGAACAAAUGUAGAAUGGAAGAUUAUGAAGAUUUCGCGCGACGGCGGCUUUUAGAGCUGAGGUUGAAGGGUAGCAACGUCCGUCAACCGUCAAAUCAACAGGGACCUGGUUGCCAUGAUGACCACUCCGUUAUCCGCUUCCGUGGCUUACCCAUACUGCCACCGUUGCUCUCAGCUGAGCAGAGAGGAGAAAUGCAGCGGUACAGGGAGGAGGCGUGCAGCGCCCUGGACAAGAGAAACACUCUGCUGGAGACUCGGAUGUCCCGAAUCCAGAAUAUUCUACACAGCGUCCAGCUGAGGAGAGCUCCAACGUUGGAGGAGUUCAUUCACGGGGACCCCGGACUUGCAGCGUAUAAAGCCCCCUUCCACGGGGACCCCGGACUUGCAGCGUAUAAAGCCCCCGUCCAUGCCUCCAGCACCAGCAGGACACCUCCGUCCCUCAGUGAUGACGCCUCAGUGUCGCAGAGUGAUGACGCGUUAGAAUCCGUCAAGGACUGCCUCUCCUGUUCCCCACAGCCAGGCCUGAUGCAUGAUGGGAAACCGUCUGUGAGCGAUCGUCAACUAACCUCCACAGCCUACAGUGCCUUCUCAACCAAUCGCCUCACGAAUCCCCUUCGCUCCAAUCAGAUGCCUUCACCGAUGACCUCAACUGAGCCUUGCACCCAAUCGGGUGACCGGGAAAUGAGAUCUCAGGAUGUGACCUCCGAACCCCUGGUGGACGUGAGCCACCAGACACAGUCCUCAGGUUACGACACAUAUGACAACGCGGAACGUUCCGGCUUUGUCUCGACCAGGGCCGAGGAGAGGGAGGGCGUAGCCGGACUGGAGCAGGACACGAUAUCUCAGGGAGGCUUUUUUCUUCACGACCCCACAUCCAUGAUGCCGGAUGUGAUCGGCCUCCCUCCCCUGGGAAGUAGGGGCCCGGAGGAGAUGUGUGAUGAGGAGCCAGACACUUGCGAUGGUUGCCUGCACGGAGAUUCGGUGGAGGAAGCGCGCAGCGAUUUGUCGCGGCUUGAUGACGUCACAGGAAGCCGUGCGAGCGGUGGGCCGGCGAUGCCGUCUCCCUCCUGCGUCGACCAGGAAGUGUCUCCUCCAAUGGGAAACCUCGGAGAGAGCCACCCAGGAAGUAUUUGUGAGUUCUUGGAGAUAUCCACCCAAUCAAAACAGGGCCAGAACAUGGACGCCCGAGCUCAAGGACAGGGGACCCCAACCAGUCCUGAAGGACAUGCAGCAUGCGAAGGGACAUCCGUCCACCCUCAGAGACCAAACCCAGACCCAGCUGAGCCCCUGAACCGGCCUAAGGGUCAGGACGAAGAACCGGGGUGGGGGCAGGAGGAGGAGAACACAGAGCUAGAACCUCAGGGGGGUCCGUACCGCCUGAGCCUCCAGACCCUGCUCAAGAAGUCUCAGGAACACCGGCGUCGCCAACGGCAACUGAGGAACCAAGCCAAGGCCAUGAGAACGCGGGAAGGGGGGGAGGAGCAGGGGAGGAGGAGAGGAGAAGAGGAGCGGGGGGGGGAGGAGCAGGGGUUCUCGGAUAAAGAGAACGACGAGUUCCCCAAGACGGGGAGAACGUUGGAGGGCAGGAGAACGCGGGAGAGGAGGAGGGAACCGGCCAUGGGAACGUUCCGGAAGGAAGCCUGGGGUCCGGGAGAAGAGGCGAAGGAGAAGUCCCGGUAUCUGGGCAGAGAGGAGAGCGCUGGGAGAGACUCUGGAAAGAAACGUUGGGACGGAGAGAGAGACAGAGAAGGAGGUAGUCAGACUGAGGCGUUGACCUCUGAGGAUGUUCAUCUGGACCUCUCACCAGAGGUCAUGCCCCAGUCGCGCCUCACAGACCUCCUCCCUCAGGCACAGUAUGCCACCUCCACAGCCCUGGAGGCCCCAGUCCAGACCAGGGGCCCGGGUACAGCCAGUGGCCCAGAUCGGCCUCCCUCCCUGCGGGUUGGGAAGUUCCACAUCGUCCCUACCCCUCAAUUCUGCAUGAGCCCCGUUCGCUGCAAGAGCAAAGGCAAUGAGAUGCCUGGAAGGGAUUGUAGGGGUGUGACCUCCAUGGGAAACCUCCAGGUAAAUGCACCUCUCGACGUUGAGGAUCUCCAGGACCCUGCUGGCCCUUCUGUCUCCCCCACAGCGCCCCCGGUGACGGGAGGUGGUAUCGCAGGAGUGCCCGUUUCCACUAGCUCAGAACAGGGAGAGCAGAUAGCUCUGCUGGAGCUGAACCUGUCCAGCCUGAAGGCUCUGAUCUCGGACCUGGAGAACACACUCACAGAGCCUCCAGAGAACCACACACACACCGGAGAUGGACACACACACACAGCAGAGCACCACACACACACAGCAGAACAUCACACACACACAGCAGAACACCACACACACACAGCAGCCCGGGACCUACAGGCGGUUGGGCGCCUUGCACGCCCCGGCCCGGCGGACGAUGGCGAGCUUGACGUCGACCACAAACGCAGCCACGGCGACCGCUCGCUGGACGCUGUGGUCGAGAGAACCGACCUAGCCCACCACGUUCAUGUGGACGUCUCCAGACUGUUCCUGCAGGAUGAGGAGGGCUGGACCGGGGAUCUGCGGGAGACAGGAGGAGGGAGGGGUGGAGGAGGUGGAGGAGAGAGGGAAGGAGGAGGAGAGAGGGAAGGAGGAGGAGGUGGAGCACUCACCUUAAGCUCAGCUGGUGGUCUUCCCUGUCGAGUCCAGUGGUCAGACCUCGUAGCGAAGACUGAGGAUGUUAGCAUCGUCAGCUACAGGAAACAGGAAGUCAGCCAGACACAGAAGCCUGUGACUCGUUGCGUCACCUCGCUGGCCCAGAAGAUGCGUGUGCUCGACGUUUUCCGGAAGGUUCCGCCGGAAACUAAUGUUCUAUACAAGACCUCCAUCCUCGCCGACACCAGCAACCAUCGGCCGGAUCGACAUGACCACGACUCCUCCCACUUCCUGUCACUCAACCAAUCGUACGACGUGGACAUGCCCUCGGGGCUGUGGGACCACGAGGCGUCCGGGUCGGAGUUGAAAGGUCACGACCUCCAGGGGAAGCAGUUGACCCCGGAGAACUGGGAGGGAGGGGGGCAGGGAGGGGCGUCCAGGGCCAAACGUCGACUCCUCAUGCAGGCCACGGAGGAGAACGAGGGAGGAAGAGGAGGAGGAAGAGGAGCAGGAGGAGGGAUGGACAGGCCUCUCUCCAGCACCCCUAAAGGUAGGACUGCGGUGGACCUGGGGCGAGGGCGUGUGUGUGGCUCGGAGCAGAGCUGCUGUGCACAGCAGAAGCUGAAGCACACACACGCUGCCCAGGUCAGAGUCCUACAGGAGGAACAGAAACAGCAGCAGCUGGAGCUACUGCAG